CGGCUCCCCCCGCACCGAGAGCUGUCUGUCCGCGGGCUGCAGUCUGGAGUUCAGUUCACUGAGAGCGGAGCGGCUGCGGCUCCUCCAGCGAUCAUCCACCCACCCAUCCAUCCACACACUGAGGGGUUUAGAGACCCGCUGAGGAGAGCGAGAGAAGCGCGGGUUAAUGGACAGCUUGUUCUGUGUGGAGGUUUUGUGACGGCCGGGCUGAGCUGCUCCGGCGUGUGCGGGAUUUGUGCGGUGUGUGUGCGGGGAGUAAUGUGUGCGGACUGCCUCACCGCCCGAGCGCGGCUGCGCUGAGUUACACCGCGGAGUUCGGGGAGAUUCGGUCAGGAUGAGAAGCGAGAAAACCCGGGGCUUGUUUUUAUUUUACUGCUGCUGAAUUUACACAGAGAGAACUCUGGAUAUCUCACAACACGGCGGACUUUUAACGAUAUAAAAACUCAACGAAGAAGACCUGACUCUGCUUAUAUAAGUGUGUAGCUAGUUUUCGUUAGUUAAAUUUACCCUGAGUUAGCUACCAUGCUAACUACUAACCUAAACUAACCGCCUGUUAUAUCAUAUUAUAUUGGCUAAGUGGCGGUGUCGUGUGUUUUUCCUCUGAGAGCCAGAAAGCUAAAGCGCGCUAGCCUCGAAAAUGAAGUUCCGCAAGAGUUAGUUUAGUUUUAGCUACUUUAAAUCACUCAUAACUUCUCCCGGCUGCUGGAGUUCACGGUUUUACAAUUAAAUCGUCUUUCAGUGUGUGAUUAAAGUCAGUCUGGGUCGAGCUCGAGUCUGAGGGAACAUUUUUUACCUCAGGAUUUCUGAGGAGAAACUCUGAGGAGAAGCGCGCAGAGCGUUAGCUAGCUUAGCAUGCUAAUAUGCUAACGUGCUAAGUGGCUAGCUAAACUAACGCUGGCUAAUUUCCUUUUCAGGCAGGCGCCCCUCCUCCCCUCCCCCUCCUCACCAGGUAGUAUAUCGAUUAAAUCUGCAGUAAAAUACAGUUAAACGAUACCUUUCGAUAAUUAUUGCGACGAUUCAGGAAAGUAGAAACUUAUUUAUAUACAGCUAUAAUAUCUAAUACUGCAGAGGAGACAUACAGCUGUAGUGUGGUGGUGAGGGUGUAGUAGUAGGACUGCAGUUCUGGCCACAGUCGUGUCGUUUAUUAUUAUUAUUGUAGCUAGUUUAAAACAGUUUCGACAGGGACUGAGAGCUCUACAGUUUAAGCUCUAACGUCAAUCAGUUUGCACGAUAUUUUAACGUUAGGUAAUUUUCACAGGCUUUCUUUUAGUCUGUAAAAGUCAGUCGUAACAACACCCCUUUCUCUCUCUCUGUUGGCAAGGAAAUGGAGAAGCUCUGGUUUGACAGCUGAAGUUGUUGAAGAUGCUGGAUAGCUAGCUUAGUUUAGUUCGCCUACAGCGGUUUCCUCACAGUCAAAUAUCUACAGCUACAUAAUAAAGGAUUAACUGGUUAAAGUUAAUAUCUGUUGAUUAGUUGCACAAGAUUAUUCAGCCAUAAAUCAGUAGCGUCUCUAAUAAUAUGAAUCUAGCUUAGUUAAUUUUAAAGCGAUAGUGAUAUAAACUAAUAACCUCGCUAAGAAGAGUGCACGACUUGUAUAUUUUUAAUCAGGCUAUGAGCUUUUAACAUUUAGAUUAAACACGAACAGCAACAGCCACUCAGUCGUAAAAAGUCCCUUUCUCUGUUGUCAAUAGAGGAAAAAUGGAGAAGCUCUGUUUUGACAGCUUAAUGUUAAAUUAGAUGGAUGGAGCUGCUGGUUGGUUAGAGAGAUCUUGUGAAAGGUUUUGAGACAGGUUGAAAUCUGCUAGUGCACUAAAACAGGCCGUCAAACCAGCCUACCUAACCAGAGCUUUAUUUAAACAGUUUAACCAGAGCUUUAGCUCUUUAGCUAACGUUACAAAGCAGGAUAUAACAGCUAUAUAACCUAAGCUAACUGACUGACUCUGUUUGGCUAGCUGACGUUAGUUGGCUGGCUUAUUAACUUACUUGUUUAAACAGAUCAUGUCUUAUCAGCUCAGCUAAUAAUAGCCAUUAUUUUCUAGCUAGGUUAACUGACUAUCGGCUGUCUUUUAGGUUAAUGUGUUUUUUCUUUGUUUUAUAUGGAAUGAUGAACAAAGUUUAAUUCGUCAUUGCAUUUAUUAGCUAGGUACAAUUGGAAACAGGUUGACACUGUUUCUGUAGGUCUGUCUCUAAAUUCAUUGGAAAUUUGAAUUUACUCAAAAUAGAAUUAUAGCUUCUCGCCCAUUUCCACGCUAAACUGUAUUUUUUUUAUUACUGCUGUGCUUGGCUUGCUCUUCUCUUAAAUAGUUUGCUUUAAUCUUCAUUUUAAUCUUUUUUAUCUUCAAACUCUCAACCCAGUUUCACUGUAAUAGAGAUUUAAUAGCUGAAUGUAUGUAAGAUAUUAUCUCAGCCUGUGUUGUUGAUGCUGUGCAGAUUGUGUUGUGUAGAGUGAUAGAUAGAGAUAGAUAGAUAGAGAUAGAUAGAGAGAGGCGGGCGUUGGAAGUGGACUCUCCUCCAGUUUGUGUGUCUGAGCUGCACAGGCUAGCAGCCACAUUAGCUCGUUAGCUAACAGCAGCAGCUAUUUUCAUGUGUGAAUUUACGUUGGUUCCCUCAGCUCGGUUCUGACAGUCCUAACCAGCAGGUGGGUUCUCGCAGAAAACAAACCUCACGGAGAGGGGGUGGGGGGCUGAGGAAACAUUAAUCAAUAUUCCUCCGAUCCGAUCAUAUCCAGCUUCGAUCGAUUGAUUGUUUUGGAAGUGUUGUCCUGGUUCAUGCUACGAUUUCUCAUUUUUUAUUCGCUUGGAGACGGUCCGAGAGGCUCUCGCCGCCGUUCCCCGGCUCUCUACCGUCGUCUGAGUCUGGUCUGAUCUGUCAGCAUGGCUGUUUUUUGAGAUUGGACAGCAGCAGACACGAAGGGAAACGACGGGAAACGACAGGCUGGACUCGAUGCUCGCUCCGGUCUCCCGCAUUGCUGCUGCCGCCGUCGAGCUCUUCUUUAGCUGUUGAUUCCGACGCCUUCUCCCAGCGAUCUGAUCCCCCCGAACCUCCCCGCGCCUGGUUCUGUAUCGAUUCGGUCGACCCGGGGUUGAAGAUGGCGGACCUAGAAGCAGUUCUCGCCGAUGUCAGCUAUUUGAUGGCGAUGGAGAAGAGUAAAUCUACUCCAGCGGCCCGGGCGAGUAAGAAAAUCAUCCUCCCAGAACCCAGUAUUCGGAGUGUAAUGCAGAAGUACCUGGAGGAGAGAGAUGAGCUCACGUUUGACAAAAUCUUCAACCAGAGGAUCGGUUUCCUCCUAUUCAAGGAUUUCUGUAUGAACGAGAUAGAUGAGGCGGUCCCACAGCUGAAGUUUUAUGAAGAGAUUAAAGAGUACGAGAAGCUGGACUCAGAGGAGGAGAGGCUAAGUCGCAGCCGGCAGAUUUACGACGGCUACAUCAUGAAGGAGCUCCUGUCGUGUUCACAUCCCUUCUCUAAGAAAGCAGUGGACCAUGUCCAAUCUCACCUUGCUAAGAAACAGGUGCCUCCAUCCCUCUUUCAGCCGUACAUUGUGGAAAUCUGUGACAGUCUGCGAGGGAAGAUCUUUCAGAAGUUCAUAGAAAGUGAUAAGUUCACUCGCUUCUGCCAGUGGAAGAAUGUGGAGCUCAAUAUUCAUUUAACCAUGAAUGACUUCAGCGUUCAUCGGAUCAUCGGUAGAGGCGGGUUUGGCGAGGUGUACGGCUGCAGGAAGGCAGACACAGGGAAAAUGUAUGCCAUGAAGUGUUUGGAUAAGAAGCGGAUUAAGAUGAAGCAGGGUGAGACCCUGGCACUCAAUGAGAGAAUCAUGCUGUCGCUGGUCAGCACAGGGGACUGUCCGUUUAUUGUGUGUAUGACGUACGCCUUCCACACCCCUGAUAAACUGUGUUUUAUCCUGGACCUGAUGAAUGGUGGAGACCUUCACUACCACCUCUCCCAGCACGGCGUGUUCAGUGAGAAGGAGAUGCGCUUCUAUGCAGCAGAGAUUAUCCUGGGCUUGGAGCACAUGCAUAAUCGAUUCGUCGUCUACAGAGACCUCAAGCCCGCCAACAUCCUCUUAGACGAGCACGGCCAUGUCCGCAUCUCUGACCUGGGCCUGGCCUGCGAUUUCUCCAAGAAGAAGCCCCACGCCAGCGUGGGUACUCAUGGCUACAUGGCGCCGGAGGUUCUGCAGAAGGGCACAGCGUACGACAGCAGCGCCGACUGGUUCUCUCUGGGCUGCAUGCUGUUCAAACUCCUCCGAGGGCACAGUCCGUUCCGGCAGCACAAGACCAAAGAUAAACAUGAGAUCGACCGCAUGACGCUCACCAUGAACGUGGAGCUGCCGGACUCCUUCUCCCCCGAGCUGAAGGCUCUGUUAGAGGGACUGUUACAGAGAGACGUGGCGAAGAGACUGGGCUGCCAGGGUCGGGGGGCUCUGGAGGUGAAGGAGCAUCUGUUCUUCAAAGGAAUCGACUGGCAGCAGGUCUAUCUCCAGAAAUACUCUCCGCCGCUGAUCCCUCCCCGAGGAGAAGUCAACGCUGCUGACGCCUUCGACAUCGGCUCUUUUGAUGAGGAGGACACCAAAGGAAUAAAGCUGCUGGACAGUGAUCAGGAGCUCUAUAAGAACUUCCCCCUGGUGAUCUCGGAGCGCUGGCAGCAGGAGGUGGCUGAGACGGUGUACGAGGCGGUGAACAGCGAUACGGAUAAAAACGAGGCGCGCAAACGGGCCAAGAACAAGCAGCAGGGCCACGAGGAGGAUUAUGCGUUGGGUAAAGACUGCAUCAUGCACGGCUACAUGCUGAAGCUGGGGAACCCGUUUCUGACCCAGUGGCAGCGCAGAUACUUCUACCUGUUCCCCAACCGUGUGGAGUGGAGAGGAGAGGGCGAGUCCAGGGAUCAUUGGAUUAAAACAUUAAAAAAACACACAGUGAAGCAAAAUCUGCUGACGAUGGAGCAGAUAGUGACUGUGGAGGAAACUCAGAUCAAGGACAAGAAGUGCAUCCUGCUGAGGAUCAAAGGAGGGAAGCAGUUUGUCCUGCAGUGUGAGAGUGACCCGGAGUUCGUACAGUGGAAGAAGGAGCUGAACGAGGCGUUUACUGAAGCGCAGAAGCUCCUGCGCCGCGCUCCCAAAGUCAUCGGCAAGGGCCGGGCCGGCGUGGUGGAACUGUCCAAACCGCCGCUCACGCACCGCAACAGCAACGGCCUGUGAACCACAGCUACCACCACGGGCACCACCACCACCACCACCACCAUCACACCGAUCUCUGCCAUCGCUCACCCCCCUUUACCCCGUGUACACAAUACCCUCUUUUUCCUCACACACACACACACACACACACACACACACACACACACACACACAAAAACAAAUACACACACACACACACACACACUCUGGUAUCAGUCCCUCAUCCAGGCUCCACCCCCUUUGCCCAUUCAAGCAUCUAACGAUGGACCUCCUCCAGUUCUGGAGCAUUCUGCUGGACCACACCUCAACCCGUCUUUCAUUCUUCUUUAUAUAUUUUUAUUUGAUUUAAUUUGAUUUGAUUUGAUUUUUUGGCCUCGUGGACAAAACGCCUGCAAUGUGACACGCCGGGGUGAUCUUCACUCCAAAACAUCAAAGGACCAGUGAUUAUGAUGUCAGUGCUGAUGUAGGAGUAGAUGUUGAGUAGUUUGAACUCUCGCGUGGAGCAGAGACUCGGACGUUCUGCCUUUCCCCCGACUCGAUCUCUUCUUCCCUCUAAACCCCGCCUCCCCCUUUAUACCUGUGAUGAAGCUCCUCCUCCUCCUCAUCAUCAUGAUCGUUGUUCUCUCUCUGAACCCCUCAGGCAGGGCCUGGCGCUGCGUUCCCGCCGCCGGGCGCACAUGUACAUAAACACGCCUGAAGCCGAAGCUUUGGGAGCUGAUUCCUGCCUCAGCCAAUUAUGUCUUCUGCUGUGAAUGUGACGUGUGGGCGGGGCUAGCGUAUUCGGAAUGUUAUGACGAUGUUUUCUGUGUUCAGAUGCAGGUAGUGAUUCUUACGUGUAAGACAGUGGGCGGGGUUGGCUGCAUGUCGGACGGCGGUAUGGAGAUCUCGGCAGUGGAGCUGCUGGACGUGUUUUUGCUGUUUGAUGAAAUUAGAGCUGAAAAAUCUUCGAGAUCUGAUCAGAUUUUAGGAUGUUGCUUCUGUUGUCUUGUCCUGGCCUUUUGAUGAUUAUAUUUGUAUUAUUAUUAGUUUUGAUUUGUUAUUUUUAAAGGCUGGGGGCUGUGUUAUUGAUCGGCCGCUCGGUGGGAAGGACACAGUGUCUGACCCGGUCUGUCGAUAUUGCUGAAUCACAGCCUGAUUAAACAGAACCGGUCUUGUGUUCGGAGUCCACUUGCUUUUCCUUCGAAUCCUUUCGUCUAUCGCCAAUCUUUUUGUACACAAACAAAACAACAGAGCGGUCAGACAGUCACUGUGCCUUGUUUAUGUUUAGAUUAAAGAUUCUGCCCAGAAACAAAUGCAAUGAAUUGAAAUUGUUGCCAUUUAAGGUUAAAAUAUGCCACCAAUAUAAAAUGAUAUGACAGCAAAAUAAAGUAGUGACACUCUUUUAAAGUCUAGUAGAUUUAAAUUAAUAAAUAAUAAAAUAAAAGUGGACACAGCAGUUAAUUCACUUUAAAAGGAGAUACUGAGGCAAAAUAGCAAGUGGACCCGGACCAAACCCGGACCAUGAGAGGUUCUGUUCUUAUAAAUGGACCAUAUUAGCCUGUAGGCAUUAAUAGUGUCCCUAAGGAGGAUCAGUCUGCGUCAGAAGAGGAUAAAGAUGUUCAGGGAGUGUGAUUCUGGUACUCUGCCCAAAAGAGACCAAAAUUAACAAUAUUUCGUUAUUGUGGCUGAGUGCUUGUAUAAGUGUGUGUGUGCGUGUGUGUGUGUGUGUUUAAUGUAACAGGGAAAUGUUUAAAUGCUUAAAGCCAGGUUGCCCAGUCGAGUGUCAGCAGGAAACAUUCCUAUUUUUUUUGUUUUUAUUUUAAAUUUUUUUAUUCGUAUUUUAAUUUUUUUUUUCCCAAGAGGGAGAGAUUUCGCUGCUUGAUGAUGGGACUCAGAUGGCCACGCCCCUUCUGCCACGCCCAUACUGCCCCACCCUUUUCCCCAAACCCCGCCCCUCCCUCCUUUACUGAAGUGCUAAAAGUGCCAACAGAAAAAUAAAAAGACAAACAGACUUUUUGCUUAAAGACACCUGAGGAUUCUUCACAGCAGGCCUGCUCAGCUCUGGGCUCCACCGGUAAUAUAAAGCCUGAACCGCCGGGACCAGAACAGACUCUGAGAGCGGAGCGGAGCGCCGAAUCUUCAUUUCUCCACCCACACGGACCUCUGCACCAAGAACCGACCUUAUCUAAAGAGGUUCUGAUGGACUCGGCUCGGCUGGGCUCUGGUUCGGUCCGGCUCCGCUGGGUCAGUGGGUUCUGAUCUGACUGUACAUAAGAGCAACCCUUUCUCUGUGCAUCUACAGUAUACUUACUCUUCUUGAAAUGUUUGCAUAUUUGGGGAAUUCUGUCUGCCUGUCUGUGUUUCUGUCCCUUUGUCUCGGCUCGGGGGAGGGGAGGGAUCGGGGUGGGUCCGCUUCGGUUCGGUUCAGCCGUUUUCAGUCAGUCGGUCCGUCAGUGCGUGCAUACCUCAGGAUGAGACGCAGACGUACGUCAGUGUGGACGAGCCGAAUCAGACGCGUUAUCUUGUCUUUUCUCUGUGAUGAGCGAGAGCAGAGUUAACCUGUCUCCCACACUGCGCUCUGAGACACGCCCCCCGCAUGUGUCAACCAAUCAGUGUUGCCGCCCUCCCGCCGCCCGCGGGCAGACAGACUGUUAACCAGAGCGCUAGCGUUAGCAUUAGCGCCUGCCUCACCGCGCGAGGAGAUUCACACAGGUGUUUGAGAAGGCGGAGCUACUUCUAUAGAGAAAUGAAUUCAGAUUCAGAUGAAUUGAUAACCAUUUGUUGUAAUGCUUGAUUUCAGUAUAGUUUAAAUUUUUAUAUUGUUUAUGAAUGUGACAAAAUGCAGAUUUCUAUAGAUUACUUAUUUUCUAUUUUUAAUAUUUUCUUUUUUUUGUUUGUUUUUUUUGUUUUCCAUUUUGUUUUGACUGGCAGGAAGAAAAAAGCACAGCAUAAAAGGCAGUUUAUAAUGCAAUUUUAGUUUUAUAGUUUAGUUUUUUUCGUAUUUGUAUAUUUCAGGUUUCUCCAUGCAGUAAUUUUUCUAAGUGGUUCUCGUCCGUGCAUUUCAGAACGUAACCUUGAUUUGCAUGUGACCUUUGUUUCGCUCAAAAAAAGAGUAAAUAAGAAGAGAAAAGCAGAAUUAUUAAAGGGUUUGGGAUUAAUCUGUUAUGAUUUUAUAGUGUUUGAUUAUAGUGUCGGGGAGGUGCCAGCCUGAUCCUGCAGGCAGAUCACAGUUUUACAUAUUCUUAUUUUAAAGCCAAAACUGUUCAGAAUGGAUGUUUUUUAUUUUGGACGUUUGAAUUAUUUCUGCACUUUUUCGCCGCCAGACGUUUCUCUCUCGCUGACGAUGUGCCAAACGGCUGCAGUAGAAAACCCGCUACUGCGCCACCCUCACCCGCCACCACCCGCCCGCCGGUCCUCCCGCUCCCUGCGUCUCGAAGCCAAAAUUGGUACGUUUUACAGGUGAGCGAGGGAGCGCUGGAGGAAAGGGUACAAAAUCGUGACCAAAUCCAGGUGAUCAGGGAGCUCCCAGCUCGCCUCGCCUCCCAGCGACCAGAAAUAACAUUAACUCUCCCAGUUCUCCAACACGGUGGCACCUCCACCCAUCCCAAAUAUCCACAUUUUAUUCAGGGGUUUUAUAUUUUCUAUUUUAUCGGUAGGCUGUCAUUCACUCUGUUGAUGUUGCUUCUUUUGAAUACGUGUGUGUUUCUGUCCGUACGGGAAACAGAGAUUUCAGAAUGAUUUGACUUUAAUAACCAGAAAAACAGGACAGAAAAAUAGGAAUCAGAAUCAGAAUUUAAUAAAAUGAGAGUAAAUAUGUGUAUAAUGAAAUGAGAAAUGCGUUAGAUUUAUUUAAGAGAAUAAACAAACAAAAAAUGUAGAAACAAACGAUAAAAAAAGACUUGGGUUGGGAUCGGGUUCGAUGUGAGUUUAAAAUAUUUGUGGUGAAGAAUCAGCUCAGAUCUUGCACAUGAGUUUAGAUAGUGUACCUACAAGUUACAGAUUAUUAUUUUUGUCUGUUUAAUACAGGACUCUCGCUCUCUUCAUAUUUAUUGUCUGGUCGGGGAGAUAGCCCCUCUGUGCGAUGAAUCCAUGUGUUUGGGUUUGGCUAGAGCACGGAGCUGUAGAAGAUUCCGGUUUACAGUCAGAACAGAUUUUUAUUUACCUUUUUUGUUUUGUUUUGUUUUUUGUUUCUUUUUGUGCCGCAAACAAAACGCAAAUACUACUGUUUGGGGGUAUUACAGCUAUAAGAUUAUAAUUAUUGAAGAAGAUACUCAAUGAAUGAAUAUUUUUUUCCUUUCCAGAGAAGCUAGGACUAUGUGUUGGACUGCUCAUUAAAAACAGUUCAGAAAUAAAAGCCCCUCUUUCGUGUU